CAUCCUUCAGUCGAGCAGUUGACGAGCGAGCAGCAACAUCAAAGAAAUAUUUCCUCCACCUUCCCCAUACUUCCCCCCACUGGAAAUAAUACCCCUCAAAAAACUAACCAUGGGUCCUAAAAGAAUGUCCCCUCCUCAGCUCCCUCGUAAAUUGGGGAAGAUCAAGGCCAAGAAGCUGCAAAUCUUUGAAGAAAACUUGAUCCGUGACCACUCCACGAGGGAAAAGGUCAUCUCCGUCAUGAAUCGAGUUCAUCGUGAGGUCAUCGACCCCGUAAAGUUCAUCCGACUCUCGCCCCACAUCAAAUCGCUGGACAUUCUGCUUAUCCCAUGUCCGGAGAACCAUUCCCCCUACGACGAGGGGAUGGAGGUCGAAUUGAAGAUGGAAAAUUAUGUGGGGCUCGAAACUCUGGUGAAGAAUGUGGGAAAGGUCAUGACCGGAAAGUUUCUACUUUGUCGAACGAUCACCCCGUCGAGCAAGAUGGUCGGAGUGGACACAGCUGUGGAGGAUGUCGAAGGAGAGAUGGCCGUACGCCUGGCCCUCUUCAAUUAUUCGAUGGAGGCGAAAAUGGGGAAACACGAUUUUGAAGGGGUCCUCCCCCUGGGGACGGUGCUGAUCGUGAAGAAUCCCGUUUUUAAAAAGGCCUUACUCGCCACCCUCGUGUACGGGGUGAUCGCGGAGAAUCCGGCGGAUGUGGAAAUUCUCAGUCCGAAAAGGAUGGCGGCACUAUUUCCAGAUGUUAAAUGGAAGUCAGAUCUCCCCCAGGAAUCACGAGCCUUGUUAAAAUCUCCACCAUUUUGGGAAUUCCCCCUUAAUCAAACCGACCUUGAGAUCGCGACCAGAUUGAAGAACGUGGGAAACAAGGCCUUCAUCGAGAACAGGGCGACGGACGCGAUUCGAUUUUACAACGUUGGCCUGGAAUACUUACCUGAGGGGGAAGGGGACCAAGAUGCGGCGAGGACCACACUUUUGGUCGACAUUUUGACCAACAAGGCGGCCGCACUGAUCAAAUUGGAAUGUUUCAAUGCUGCUCUAAUCUGCACGGAGAAAGUUUUGGCGAUUAAUGAAGGCCACGUGAAGGCGAUCUAUCGUCACGCCAAGGCUCUCAUCGGACUUGGACGGUAUUCCGAAGGUGGCGAAUUUCUGGAUGAUAAGCUCGUCAAAUUUCAAGAGGCUGCGAGUAAAGAUAUUGUCAAGUUGGGAUUACUCAUCUCCGAACUGCAAAAACCUACACCCAGCAAAGAAAUCCUGCUCGCUUUACGAUCUCCGCGACCAAGGAACUCGAACGAAGCUCAAACCCCCCUCCCAGUGGGGAUGGUGGAUCUCAUUUCCGAAUUUCGGGGACCAAUUCAACUCGGCCCGAGCCCCAUUUCGAACCAAGGACUCUUCGCCACGGAGGACCUCGAGCCUGACACGCUUCUCAUGGUGUGCAAACCCUUCGCCGGGCUUUACGUCGAUUCGGCAAGAAAAACCGAAUUUUCCUUCAACUGUACCUGCCAUGAGUAUCUCGUCGGCGUUAUCACAAACAAAAUCUGGCUUGAUCCCGACCUCGCCCGUGACCUGUACACCUUGUGGGCCGGACCUGACCUAAAGUAUGACGAAUCAAAAACACCGACCAAAGUUGACAUGGCCCGAAUCCACCAAAUUUGCAAGUUUAACUUCACCGGAACUCGUUGCUUUGACGAGAAGGACGACACUUUCAUCUCGUGUGGGGUUUGGGUCGGCUCCUCGAAAAUUAACAACAGCUGUAUUGACGCCAACGUGACGUGUGUCCACCACGAUUCUGGACUCGUCAUGAUGGUCACGACGUUCAAAGCGGUGAAGAAAGGGGAGGAAAUUCUGACGAGCUAUGUCGACCCGAUGCUUUCCUUGACGAAGGAGAGGAAUUUUGAGUUAUCCGGUUUCACGUGCAACUGCCGUCUCUGCGAACUGGACCGAUCCGAAAGCCCCACCGUUAUCGCGAAAAGGCAGAAACUCCUCGCCAGCCUGGCGUACGACCCGGUCAGGAAAUUCUAUCCGUUUCAUCCCACCCGUCUCGCCGGCGACUUGGAAAGCAUCGCCGAACUCGACCGUCUCCGCGGCGCGACGCCCGACUUGAACUUGGCGCUCGUGGACGGGGGAAUUUUCACUAUCGCGGCCAUCGUGCUCCUCGGGCUGCGCAGAUACGAGGAGUGUUUCGCCAUCAUGGAGAAAAUCUACCGGGUCGUGCAGAACAUCCCGACCAACUUCUUGUACCGGGCACAUGCCGAAGUCCUGCUCGUCUGCUGUAUGAAAAUGGGCAAGAAAAAGGUCGUCUUGCAAAAAUGGGUGGAAGAAGUAAGGAAAUAUUGUCGGCGAUAUGGAGGAAGUUUGGAGCAUGUGAGGAAAGGGGAUCAUCCUUCGCUUCCAGAAGACUUGAAAAAAUUUGGGAUUGAAUUCUUCAACGAGGAAGAGACCACCGAUUAAUUAAUUGAUGAUGAAACGAAAUAUGUACCAGUUUUGUAUGACUUUUUUUGUAUGACAUUUUUUGAUAUUUCUUAGAUUUCUGUUGAUCUUUUUUGGUGUUUUUUUUUAUUGAUAGAUAUUUACAUAAAUUGUUGAAUUCGAUGAUUAAAUUUGAUA